CUGCGUCCGAAGCGGAUCGCUUUGCGGUUACGGUCGUGCGCGUUAUUGAGAGGCUUAAUAUUAUUGUGUUGUGUACAUUCGGUGAUGUCCAAGGAUAGCCCCAGGCUGGGCAGGCUGGGUGUGUUAGCGCCCGCCGCGCUAUCAGCUUGCAUGGAUGCUUCCGUGUUGGCUGUGCCUGCAGCUGGUGCUAUAGUAUCGACUGUCCUCAAGGAACUCAGCAAGGCUUUCAUGUUAAAAAAAUGGUUCCACGGCGUGAUGUCAGCUAAGGAAGCCGAGCAUCUGAUGAUGGAGAAGGGUCGGAACGGGUCGUUUCUGGUGCGAGAGUCCCAGGCUCACCCUGGCGAGUACGUGCUGUCUGUUCGCGUGCGAGGUCGGGUCAGUCAUGUUAUGAUCAGGAAACAGCAAAACAAAUACGACGUAGGCAGCGGUGAGCAGUUCGAUGAUCUGGUGGGUCUGAUAGAACAUUUCCGAUCCUAUCCCAUGAUAGAGACCUCUGGUGACGUUCUACGUCUUCUGCAGCCUGUCAGCGGAACCUGUCUCCGCGUGCAUGAUAUCGAUCAAAAAGUACAGCAAAUGGAUGAUUUCCAAAAACCCGAUCAGAGAAACGGUUUCGACGGUGAAUUUCAAUCGUUGAAGAUGGUUGAGGACAUGCACGUUUUUACAACGACCGAAGGCAUGAAGGCGGAAAAUUUUAAUAAAAACAGAUAUCGAAACAUUUUACCUUAUGACCAGACGCGUGUGUUACUGCGUGGACGCGACGGUCGCACAGAGUCAGAUUACAUUAAUGCUAACUUCAUUCGCUCGUCCAGGCUGAGCGAUUCCUCCAGCUCAGUACAAUCCUCCAACGAGAGUCUGAACAGUGUCAAUUCUUUAAUCCUUGGUAUUGACCCAAAGAGAACAGUUCCGCUAGUCACCAAAUCCCUAUCGGAAGAGGCGCUGAGGGAUGUUAAAAAGAGUAUUAAAUUGGACAGAAUUAACAGAAAUAUUUACAGAAAUAUAGUGAAAGAGAAAAUAUACAUCGCAAGUCAGGGUUGUCUCUCAAAUACUGUAGACGAUUUCUGGAGAAUGCUAUGGCAAGAGGACGUCAGGGUUAUAGCAAUGAUCACAAACGAAUUUGAAAAGGGAAAGAAAAAAUGCGAGCGUUACUGGCCAGCAUCAGGCCAAGAGGAGCGUUACGAUGAGCUGAUUGUAAAAUCAAUUUCUGAGACCUGCUACGAAGACUAUACUUUGAGAGAAUUUGAUGUAAGCGAUAAAAACAUCUGCAGGACCAUCUAUCAGUACCAAUAUACGUGUUGGCCUGAUCACGGCACACCAGCUGAACCUGAGGGGGUGCUUUCGUUCAUGGAAGAUAUUAAUAGGAAGAUGUAUCAAAUAUCCCAACAAAAGGACGCACCGGAACAGAAUGUGUUGUGUGUGCACUGCUCAGCUGGAGUUGGAAGAACUGGAACGUUCAUAGUGUUAGACAUGCUUAUUGAUAAAAUAAAGCAAACUGGUUUUAACUGCGAAAUAGACGUCCAUAGCACGGUGAAGUUGGUGCGAGCUCAACGAAGUGGCAUGGUUCAGAAUAAGGCGCAGUACAGAUUCAUUUAUCUCGCAUUGCAAAGUUACAUAGAUAAUAAUAAUAAAGUUAAAUUAAAAAGGAAAGUAAUUCUGUUACCAUUCUUACGAAACAUGGUUUUUUAAUAUGUAUGCGUGAGAAUGAUCUUAACAUUCUUGUUUUUAGAAUGAUAAUUCUAAUCUUAUGUAUUUUAAAUACAUUAAAACACAGGAUAACCUUCACUUCCUAUGCUAUUUUCUGUGCAUUGGCUGCGGGUCAUUUCACAUUAUAAGGUACAUAUGUAAGCACGAGUAAGGAAUCAAAUUUCACAAGUCAUUACUUGUUAUCUCGUCUGCGUUAAUACCGUAGAAUGUAAUGUCCCAUUAAAAUAUUAAAAAGUUUACCAAAGUCCAUUGUAUUAAAGACUAAACUUUAUCUAUUUUAUAAAGAUUGUUAUUGUAAUGUCUUAUAUAAAAUAUUUUGUAGAUGUAAGCACUAAUUUAUCUUUAAAAUUAUCACAACAUUAAAAGCUUAUAAAUGUA